AUGCUAUAAUUAUUUUUACUCAUUGUUAUUGCUAAGAGUUAAAUAAAUUUAGUUUGGUAGAUAUAUAAUCCAGAUAGUGGAUUAUCAUCAUAAGAUUAAUCACUAACUUUUGGAUAAUAUAAUAAAGAAAUAAGAGUUUGGCCUUCAGAUGGAAGCGCAUUUAAGAGUGAAUUUUAAUUAUCCGGCAAUUUGCCUAUGAGUCCUCAAUUCCCUAUUGCAAGAAUAAAUAGUAAAUAUGUUAGCUUUUAUGUUGGGAUAACAGAGAAUAGUGGAUCAACUCUGAGUUUAUCUAAAACUACAAACUCAUAAUAUUAGUUCUCCUAGAAUGCAAUUUCUUUUGUGCCAUCUUCUAAACAAUGCGUAUUAACUCCAUCUGCUGAUUUUAAUACAAUUCCAAUAGGAGGGAAAAGAUAAUUGACUUUAGAUUUCAUUAGUUGUAUACCAAUUACAGGUUUAUAGAUUAAAGUGUUAUAUGAAACAAUUAGUAAGACAAUAAUUCAAAAAAAUAGAGAGAGAUUUGCUUUCAUAGAGGUGUCUGCCUUAAAUGCAGCUGUUGACACUUCAAUUUCUAUAUCAUUCUAAGUGAAUUCAACUUAUUAUCUGAUUAGCACGAUAAUAUUAAAGGUGGUUGCAAAUUCAUAAUCUCUUCCUGUUUCUUCAAUAGUCAAUAAGAAUAGUGGAACUUGUAUUGGAGCAUAAGGGGUAUUUACAUUUAAUUGUGGAAAGAAAUCAAUGCUCUAUUAUAGUUAUUCGUAUUAGAAUUAAGCAAUAGAUAUUACCAAAAUAAAGGAAUAGCUAUUAUUAAAUAAAUUAGGAAAAUAAUACACAAAUAUAAAUACAUAUGAAGGUUAUGGAUAAACUUUAAUGGCGGAUAAUUCAAAUAAAGAUAUAACUCUAACUGGAUUAAGAAGCAAUACGGAUUAUACUAUUUUGGCUGUUUGUGAAGAUGAAUUAUAUUAAUAGUCAUAAUCAGCAAUAUCAUUUAAUCGAUGUGAUAGUCAAUAAACAAUAAAGAAGAUAUAAAUAUAAUCUUAUCAAUAAUUUGAGACUAUAAAUUUGAGAGAUAUUGCUUGUGAUCUUAUGCUAUAACUAUCUUUAAAAUAGAAUUAAGUGAGUAGUGCAGAUGGCAUAUUUUGUAAUUAGAUUGCAUAAUCAAAGAUUAAUGGAAAUAAAAAAUAUUAUAUUCCUUAAGUCAGUUCAACUCAAUUAUCGACAUAUACCUUCUUUUUAUAUCCAGAUUAUGCAACUACUUAUGAUUAUAUUGUCAAUAGUGUCUCAAUAUCUCAAUAUGAAAUUUAAAAACAAACUAUUGAAAAGAUCACUCCCAAAUUUCCAACUGUUAAUUAGGAAUUUUUUAUUGCAGAUGAAAAUUUCUUAAAUUUUACCAUUACACUAAAAACAGAUGGAUUCAUUUCAAUUGGAUUAGACCUAUUGUAAACCUCUCUUCCUGAUUUAUAUUAAUUUUCAAAUGGAUUAAAUUAUCUAAACAACCCAUUCAUCAAGUUUUAUAAGAAGUUCCUAAUAGCAAAAGAAUAAUAUUGGUUUCAGUUUAAAUUAAGUGAUAAAAAUGAUUAUUAGUUAAUAUAUUAACUUGCAUCAGAUCCCUCAGAUGGAGCUUAGUAUUCUCCUUUAUAAGUAAGGAAAUUUACAUUAGUGCAAAUGCAAGAAAUUUACAAUAUUAUUAUUUGUUUGAGUUUUAUAAUGUUUUUUAAUCUUUGA